AGUACAGUGGAGGGGUGCGCGUUGCAUUGUGGGGAUACAAACACGGCGCAGAAAAAGACCAGCGGGGAGCACAAAGGGGACUUAAAAACUGCGCCGCGAAAAAAACAAACUUUAAACCACCGGCGUGCGGUGAUGUGAAUUCGCGUGAGCGUUACUCAGACGGCGAGGUUUGGCGGGCGGUGGCGGCGCCGACGACUGCCCGGGAAGCGCCAGGGAAUGUGAGUGAGCGGUGUGGAGCGGCAGGGCGCACCGCUGUCUCCGACCGUCGCUGCGUUUUGUCAGCUGAGCCGCUUGCAUCCCGAGGCCCCGGCCGCUAUUACAGGCCCCAUCCCUGAAGGUAAAGUCCUCCACGUGGCAGUCUGCGGACCUCGGGCCGUUCGCGGGCCACAUUGUGUCGAGGCGUUGACGAGGAAAAACGGGACCGACGAAAUAGCGCCGUGUUGCGUCGGCUAGCGCUAGCCUGGUAGCUAACAGUAGCUAACGCGCCGCAGCCUGCGUCGAUGUCUGCAGGGUUAUCUGCGGUCAAACCGGAAAUGUGGCUCAAUCGGCUUCAAAAUAAAUGGGGACGCAUUUCCUGUGCAGAGUCAGGAAGUGACUCCAACAUGGGGGUCAAAACCUUCACGCACAGCUCGACCUCCCAUAGCCAGGAGAUGCUGGAGAAGCUGAACGCCUUACGCAACGAGGGCCACCUAUGUGAUGUCACCAUCCGCGUCCAAGACAAGCACUUCCUGGCCCACAAGGUGGUCCUGGCCUGCUGCAGCGAAUUCUUCCGCUCCAAACUGGUGGGCCGGUCCGAGGAGGAGGAUAAGUUUGUGCUGGACCUUCAUCAUGUGACCGUCAGUGGCUUCGCUCCUCUGUUGGAAUAUGCCUACACAUCCACCCUCUCCAUCAGCACAGAGAAUAUCAUCGAUGUCCUGGCGGCUGCGAGUUACAUGCAGAUGUUUACUGUGGCAAGCACGUGUUCAGAGUUCAUGAAGUCAAGUAUUCUGUGGAGCCCGGGUAACAACAACAACAACAACAACAACAACAACAUGACGACAGAUAAACCGCACGAAUCGGCACAAGAGAGUGCCUCAUCAAACUGUGCCCUGACGCCACUGGACGGCAGUGUGUCGCCCGUGUCGUCGGACUGCAGCGUGAUGGAGAGAAAUGUGCCAAUAUGCCGCGAAUCGCGGCGGAAACGCAAGAGCUUCGUAACAAUGGCGUCACCCGAGAGUCCGCUCAAAUGCACUACACAGAUUGUCACCACGUCCCCUCAGAUCCCCAACCCCUCCCCGUCGUUCUCAGACAGCACAGCCCAGCCCGUGGAGUCCUCCCUGGCCUUCCCAUGGACGUUCCCAUUCGGCAUUGACCGGAGGUUCCACUCGGACAAAUCAAAGCUCACGGAGAUCCCUCGGUGUUUAGAGCAGGGUACCCAGGGGACCUCCGAGGUGGCGGUUGGCCGGCGGCUCAGUGACUUUCUGACGUGCGAGAGCUCCAAGGCGGUGUCGUCCCCGGUGCCGGCAGAGGAGGAAGACGUGCGGGUGAAGGUGGAGCGUCUCAGUGACGAGGAGGUCCAAGAGGCGUCUUCUCAGCCAGUCAGUGCCUCUCAGAGCUCGCUGAGCGACCAGCAGACGGUGCCAGGGAGUGAGCAGGUCCAAGAGGAGCUCCUCAUCAGUCCACAGUCCUCCUCUAUAGGGUCGAUGGAUGAGGGAGUGUCUGAGGGAUUGCCGUCAAUGCAGAGCACCUCUAACGCUGGAGGCCACGCGGAAGAUGAUGAAAGGUUGGAAGGUAUUCAGUAUCCAUACCACCUCUAUAUCAGCCCUUCAGCCCGGCCCGGCACUAACGGCCCUGACCGUCCCUUCCAGUGUCCAACCUGUGGCGUCCGAUUCACACGCAUUCAAAAUCUGAAGCAGCAUAUGCUCAUACACUCCGGCAUUAAGCCUUUCCAGUGUGACCGCUGUGGGAAAAAGUUCACACGGGCCUACUCCCUAAAGAUGCAUCGGCUGAAGCACGAAGGUAAACGCUGUUUCCGGUGCCAGAUUUGUAGCGCCACAUUCACGUCCUUCGGUGAAUAUAAGCACCACAUGAGGGUCUCCCGACACAUAAUCCGCAAGCCGCGGAUUUACGAGUGCAAAACGUGCGGCGCCAUGUUCACCAACUCUGGCAAUUUAAUUGUACACCUGAGGAGUCUGAACCAUGAGGCGUCCGAACUAGCAAACUACUUCCAGAGCAGUGAUUUCCUCGUGCCCGACUACCUGAGCCAGGUGCAGGAGGAGGAGGAGGUGCUGGGGGUCCAGUACGAGCUGGAGGAGUCCCAGCAUCACCCCGUCUACCCGGGCAGCACCUCCUCCUCCUCCACCAUCACUGCCGCCUCGUCUUCCUCCUCGGUCCAGAUGCCCGUCAUCUCCCAGGUCUCCUCCUCUACCCAGAAUUGUGAGAGUUCCCCCGGCUUCCUUUCGGCCGAGCCCCUGGAUCCCCUUGCCUCGAUCAAGAUGGACGCCGACGAGGCCGCAGCGAUGACGGAGGAGGCCAAGAUGAACAAUUGCGUAGGUGGCAGUUCCCCAGAGGUGUUUGAAGAACAGCAGCAGCAGCAACACGCCCAGGCCAAGGAGCUGGUUUCUAUUACCAUAGAGUGAUUGCUCAUCAUGUCAUGUGGGAAUAUCUUUUGGAGGACGACUGGGACACGUGCACACGUUCACACUUCCACCAAGCGAAGCCAUCGAGGCGGCACGAUUAGAGUUACCUGAAGACUUCAGUUGCCUUAGUGUUGCUUUUCCACAUGCAACUCAGACGCACACAUAUGAGUUCGUGCUUCUCACCAAACCAAAUCCAGCAAAAUCAAAGAUUGUUUUCUUUGUUUUCUUUGCAAUUAUAUCAGAAUUUCUUCUUACUGAGGAAAUGUCCCUGUUGCUGAUAUGAGAUUUCAAUCGAUCUUAAAAAAAUCUGGGUUCAGCCCAAACCCCCAAAUCCAAGUAUUCAUCACCCUGGGAAGAGAGUGAACAGUAUUUUAUUAGACUCAUUUUUCAAGAGGGUUAGUCCCCCCCAUAUGACGUGAAUGCAGCGCGAGCUCGAGUCAUUUUUGUCUCGGCCAAUUUGAGGUCCGUUAAAUCCAAGCCGUGCCCCUAUUUUUGGAAAGUGCCUGAGUUUCCAUUUUAAACAAAGUAACAAGUCGAGGAAGAUGAGCAACAGUGACAAAUCAACUCUGCAAACUGAGCUAAGGAGAAAAAAAAAAAGUCGUGUUUCAUGUGUAGGGAUGAUGCUAGUUUGUACGGGCAGACACUCUGUUACUCCUCCAGUGCCGUCGCUAUAGGCAAACUGUUCAAUGUCAAUAUUAUCUAUAUUGCAAUAGCUUGUAAUGUAGUUUUACUAUUUGAAUGCUGUGCAAGUUGUGUUGUGAAAAUACAUGUCAGGUGUGUGUAUGUGCAUUUUUUAAAUAAUAUCAAGACAAUACAUUUCAUUUUUAAAUGUUUAAAACUUGAAAUUAUAUCGACAGAGUAUUCCCUUUAGACCUUCGUGCAGUGUUUGGUUUUUCUGACCUAUUGCUUUUUCAUUUUUACUGAACACUGUUGUCAAAUCAAACUCUGGGGGUUUAGAAGGAAAAAAAACUCCGAUCAGCACUGAUGCAUCGUUGGUUUCAAAAUCCAAACAAAUUAACGACAAAGUAUGAACCAAAUUUUAUGUAAAACAUAAGAUAUGUACAUUUGGAGUUACAAGGUUUUCAUCCCACAUGGGCUCUGAGAUGUGGUAAUGUAGCAUUUCAUCAUAUUUGAAGUUAGGCCUGCUUGUCAAAAUGGAAAGGUGUUCCACGUGAAACACCAUUUUUUUAAUUUUACAGAUAGGGAUAUGUGAGUUUUCAGAUUGAGGUCGUCCUCAUUUAACCUGAGGUACACCGCUGAUGUUCUAUGACGUUGCAUGACCGUUGAAGUGGCGUUUAAUUGAGGUACACCGUGAUUGUCUUACGUUUAAACCUUCUUGUGAGUUUUUCUGGGCGAUGAACCGAGAACGUUAUGUCGUCCCCCUGAAAGUCUGUUCUGUUUUUGUACGAAAACAGAAAAGCUACUCUGAGAACUGUCCCUGGCCGAAAUGUUUGAGGGAGUUACUGUACGCCUGCAGCCAGGGGAAGCAGGAAGUGAUCCAAACGAGACUGUGAUGGCUGUCGUCAGCCCAGACAGAGUAAAAGGAAUGUUGGGUUUGUUCUGCGAGCGCGUGAAUGCAUAUGCUGUGAGUCGAAUCAUUAUAAAUGAUAACAUUGAAAUAUGCUGUGUUGGGUCAGAGCUCUCCCUUCACCGUCGACUGAUUGGCGGUUGACGUUACUAUUGUCGAACCGCCAGCUCCUGUUUCCUGUGUUGUACCCGUGUCGUGUUCUGUACUCGCACAUGGUUGUGCCUGUAUUUUACGAGAAGAUAAUGAUACGCAUGGCGACGAUCCAUGAGUUGAAUGCUACUGACUGUGAAUGGAGUUUAUUUUCUGUCCCCCCCCCCCCCCGAAAGCAGCACUAAACGGCCCACACUUUGGAUUCUCUCAGUUGGAUGUAAGCCCUCUAAUCGGAGGGUUGAUUGUAAAUGUAAAGAUGAAUAUCGCUGCGAGAAGGGCAUCGAUAUUACACUGUCCCGAUUCAUAGAAAAUCCACUGAGAACUAUCUCAAUAAGAGCUUGUGUUACCCUGUGCCAUCCUGUCAAGUCACUUUGUCAAAGUCGUGCCAUUUGCCCUUUUUUUUUUUCGUCUGGGUACAUAUCAAGCUUUUUUCUCCUCCAGGACCAAAAUGUCCUCUACGUCAUUGGGGAUUUGCCAUGGCAAUCAAUAACUGCACAUAAUAAAAGGAAGAGAUAAUCAUUUUCGAGUGGUCCACGCUAUUUAGCAAAGGGGUCCCGCUGUUUCGGCCCUGAAAACACUGUAUGAUGUUGUGCUUUUAAGAGGCUAGCCUUAGUAAAUGGACCUACAACUCAAGUUGCACAAUGUCAAAAUUAAAAAAAAAAAAAAAGAAAAGGUUUUCUAUUCUCCAUUUGUACGCGUCGCUCUUCAUCUGUCGUGUUCGGUGUCUGUACUCCAAACGUUUUUAUAUUGAAAUGCUGCUGUUUGUCGAAAACAAGUGCCCAAAAUAUUUUUGUGAACCAAUGGUGUGCAAUAAAUGGACCGGUGGCGUUUUAAAAAGGUUUUUUGAUUUUGUCUUUAGAAUGAUGAAUUAUAUAUAGAUAUAUAAAUACAUAUAUAUAUAUAUAUAUAUA